AUGAACGAUAAGGAUAAAAAGCUGACGCCCAUAAAGAAAGCAGAUCCUGGAAAACCAGCAACUACAGAAGAAAAUGGCGUCGGGCACAAAACUUCCAAAAGGACGGUGAUUGUCAAAAAAGUGAAACAAGGUGCUGGGUCGAUAUCAAGAAGCGGAGAUUUCAUUGGUCGCCUUGGCACGCUAUUGGUGAUGAUUGUGACAACAAUCAACACAGGAACAAUCACGGUGACCAGUUUUAUUGAGGGGGUCUACUGGAAGGGGGGAAUUCAUGCCGCCUUGCUGCUCUUUCUGGACCUACCCAUGAUUGCGGUCAUGAUCUGGUUCAUGUGUAAGGCUAGGAUGCAAUCUAUCUAUAACAAAAUUCGGCCGUCGAGACCAGGUCAGGCAGCAACUGCCAAAGAUGUUGAUGUUGAUAAUGAUGUUGUAGUGUAUGAGGAAACGGUAGAAGUGCAGGACAAUAACGAACAGAGCCAGAAAGACACGGCGUACAGACAAAAACUGAAACAGAGGUUUACAAAUCUGUCGAGAAAGGCCAAGCUUGUCAACCAGAAAAAGCAAGAAACUAAAUCUGUGAAUAACAUAAAAGGUGCGGAACAAAUAAACAAAGCUUUUAAUAAUUCUUGA